GCCCUGGAUGCCGACCCUGUAGUACUGCUCGAUGCGUUCCCACUGCGGAAACUGCUUGUAUUCCUUGCUCAUCCCCCGAAGCUGGCAGGCUUGGGACGAACGCCGCAGGACCAGGCCGCCUAGCCGGACAAACAGAGCUAGAGAGAUUGCGCCGAUCUCCAAAGCAAGGGAACAACAUGUCUUCUGGGGUUUUCCGCACAUGGGUGCUAGGCGGCAUCUUUGCUCUUGUCACUUACACCGGCUCUGCAAGCGCACAGCUGAUCUUGUCCGCGUCCCACACCGAUGCCUCUUGUAACGGGGCAAACAACGGCACGGCCACUGCCCAAAUCACCCAGAACGGUGUUGCGCCCUUCACCUACUCAUGGAGCCCCUCUGGAGGCACAAACGCUACCGCAACAGGGCUCACAGCAGGCACCUAUACAGUUACGGUUACUGACAAUAACGGCCUGCAAGGAACAGCGUCUACGACCGUUGGACAGCCUGAAACAUUGUCAGGCACGCAGUCGCAGAUCAAUCCCGUUGGAGGCAACAACGGUAGCGCAACAGUUGUCGCGACAGGGGGAACUCCUGGCUACGCUUACUCAUGGACCCCCUCCGGUGGCGCAGCGGCAACCGCGACAGGACUGGCUCCCGGUCAAUAUUCGGUGACCAUCACAGACUCCAAAGCCUGCCAAACCACGCUGAGCUACACGCUUGUAGCUCCUGCCGCCUCAGUGCAAUCAGUAAGCGUCCCCCCCGACGGAACCUAUAGUGCUGGACAGAACCUGCAGUUCACUGUGACCUACAGCGCUCCCGUGACCGUCACAGCUGGCGGCACGCCCUCAAUUCCUUUGACGAUUGGUUCAACUCUGCGGCAAGCGAACUUCGUCGGUGGCAGCAACAGCUCCGCCCUGACCUUCAUAUAUACCGUGCAGCCAGGUGAUGUUGACGCAAAUGGAGUGUCGUUAGGAACCGCUAUCGAUCUCAACGGGAGCACGAUGACGAGCGGUGGCGCCAACGUUGUGCUGAAUUUGGCGAACGUAGGCGCCACGACCGGCGUACUGGUGAAUGGACAGCAAAACCAGAACAUCACGUUCCCAAACCCCG